AUGCCCAGCCCCGCGGGGCUCCGCGCGCUCUGGCUGUGCGCCGCGCUGUGCGCCUCGCCGUGCGCCACUGGCACCCCGCAGCCCGGCCCGGGGCCCGCCGCCUGCCCGGCCCCCUGCCACUGCCAGGAGGACGGCAUUAUGCUGUCCGCUGACUGCUCCGAGCUCGGGUUGUGCGCUGUGCCGGGGGACCUCGACCCACUGACCGCCUAUCUAGACCUCAGCAUGAACAACCUCACAGAACUUCAGCCCGGCCUCUUCCGCCACCUGCGCUUCCUGGAAGAACUGCGCCUCUCUGGGAACCACCUCUCCCACAUCCCAGGACAAGCCUUCUCAGGGCUCUACAGCCUGAAGAUCCUGAUGCUACAGAACAACCAGCUGCAAGGAGUCCCUGCAGAGGCGCUGAGGGAGCUGCCGAGCCUGCAGUCCUUGCGCCUAGAUGCCAACCUCAUCUCCCUGGUCCCGGAGAAGAGCUUUGAAGGGCUGUCCUCCCUUCGCCACCUCUGGCUGGAUGACAACGCGCUCACCGACAUCCCUGUCAGGGCCCUCAACAGCCUUCCCGCCCUGCAGGCCAUGACCCUGGCCCUUAACCGCAUCCGCCACGUCCCAGACUACGCCUUCCAGAACCUCACCAGCCUCGUAGUGCUACACCUGCACAACAACCGCAUCCAGCGCCUGGGACCCCACAGUUUUGCAGGGCUGCACAACCUGGAGACACUGGACCUGAAUUACAACGAGCUGCAUGAGUUCCCCGUGGCCAUCCGGACCCUGGGCAGGCUGCAGGAACUAGGAUUCCACAAUAACAACAUCAAGGCUAUUCCAGAAAAGGCCUUCAUGGGCAACCCUCUGCUACAGACCAUACACUUCUAUGAUAACCCGAUCCAGUCCGUAGGGAGGUCGGCAUUCCAGGACUUACCAAAGCUGCACACCCUGUCCCUAAAUGGUGCCACGGACAUCCAGCAGUUUCCUGACCUCAAAGGCACCACCAGCCUGGAGACCCUGACCCUGACCCGCGCAGGCAUUCGGCUGCUCCCAGCAGGGAUGUGCCAGCAGCUGCCCAGUCUCCGGGUCCUAGAGCUGUCUUAUAACCAGAUCGAGGAGCUGCCCAGCUUGCACAGGUGUCAGAAGCUGGAGGAAAUUGGCCUCCGGCACAACCGCAUCUGGGAAAUUGGAGCUGACACCUUCAGCCAGCUGAGUGUCCUGCAAACCCUGGACCUGAGCUGUAAUGCUAUCCGCUCCAUCCAUCCUGAGGCCUUCUCGACCCUGCGGUCCCUGGUCAAGCUGGACCUGACGGACAACCAGCUAACCACAUUGCCCCUGGCCGGCCUCGGGGGCUUGAUGCACCUGAAGCUCAAAGGGAACCCAGCCCUAUUCCAGGCCUUCUCCAAGGACAGUUUCCCAAAACUGAGGAUCCUGGAGGUACCCUAUGCCUACCAGUGCUGUGCCUAUGGUGUCUGUGCCAGUUUCUUCAAGGCCUCUGGGCAGUGGGAGGUCCAGGACUUGCACCUUGAGGAAGAGGCUCCCAAGAGGCCCCUAGGCCUUCUUGCUGGACAAGCAGAGAACCACUAUGACCUGGACCUGGAAGAGCUGCAGCUGGACAUUGAGAACUCCAAGCCCCAGCCCAGCGUCCAGUGCAGCCCCACUCCAGGCCCCUUCAAGCCCUGUGAGCACCUCUUUGAGAGCUGGGGCAUCCGCCUGGCCGUGUGGGCCAUCGUCUUCCUCUCGGUGUUCUGUAAUGGACUGGUGCUGCUGUCUGUGUUUGCCAGAAGGUCUUCGCCUCUGCCUCCAGUGAAGUUUGUGGUGGGUGCCAUUGCAGGCGCCAACACCUUAACGGGAAUUUCCUGUGGCCUUCUAGCCUCGGUUGAUGCCUUGACCUUUGGCCAGUUCGCUGAGUAUGGAGCCCACUGGGAGAUGGGGCCCGGUUGCCGAGCCACAGGCUUCCUGGCAGUGCUUGGCUCAGAGGCCUCUGUGUUGCUACUCACUCUGGCCGCCGUGCAGUGCAGUAUCUCUGUCUCGUGCGUCCGGGCCUACGGGAAAGCUCCGUCCCUAGGCAAUGUUCAAGCCGGGGCCCUGGGCUGCCUGAUGCUGGCAGGGCUGACCGCGGCUCUGCCCCUCGCCUCAGUGGGAGAAUAUGGGUCCUCCCCGCUUUGCCUGCCGUAUGCCCCGCCUGAGGGCCAGCCAGCGGCCCUGGGCUUCGCUGUGGCCCUGGUCAUGAUGAACUCCUUCUGUUUCCUGGUUGUGGUUGGUGCCUACAUCAAGCUCUAUUGUGACCUGCCACGGGGCGACUUCGAGGCCGUGUGGGACUGCGCUAUGGUGAGGCACGUGGCCUGGCUCAUCUUUGCAGAUGGGCUCCUCUACCUUCCUGUGGCCUUCCUCAGCUUUGCCUCCAUGCUGGGUCUCUUCCCUGUCACCCCAGAGGCUGUCAAGUCUGUCCUGCUCGUAGUGCUGCCCCUGCCCGCCUGCCUCAACCCACUGCUCUACCUACUCUUCAAUCCCCACUUCCGGGAUGACCUUCGACGGCUCUGGCCCUGCCCAGGCAACUCAGGGCCCCUGGCCUACACCGUGACCCAUGAGCUGGAGAAGAGCUCCUGCGAUUCCACCCAGGCCCUCGUGGCCUUCUCCGAUGUGGAUCUCAUUCUGGAAGCUUCAGAGGCUGGGCAGCCUCCUGGACUGGAGACCUAUGGCUUCUCUUCAAUGACCCUCAUCUCCUGUCAGCAGCCAGGAGCCCCAAGCCUGGAGGGUAGCCAUUUUGUGGAGCCAGAGGGGACCCACUUUGGGACUCCACAACCAUCUGUGGAUGGAGAACUACUGCUGAGGGCAGAGGGAGUCCCGUCUUCUGUGGGUGAUGCCUUCUGGUGCUCCAGCUCAGCCUUUGGCUCACACGUGUAA